AUAAAAUGGAUUAGAAUAAUUGUUUAUAACCUGGCUUGAUCAUUGAUCAAAGAUUCAAAUUGUUGAAGAAAAUUGGUAGUGGAAGUUUCGGAAUCGUUUAUUUAACAUUUGAUUUGGAUGAGAAAGAAUAUUGUGCGACUAAAUUUGAGAAUCGUAAUUUGCAAUUGAGAAUGAUGAAUAGGGAAAUUUUAAUAUUGAAACAAUUGAAAGGAAUAAAUGGUAUUCUGAUUUUGCUUCUAUUAUAUUUAUUUUAGGUUUUCCAGAACUAAUUAAUCAUGGAAAAGAUCAAUAAUACUCAUAUUAUAUGAGUACAUUAUUGGGAGAGAAUCUUGAGGUUUUGUUAAAGAAAAUCGGAGGUAAAUUUUCCCUGCAAACCACAUUGUAAUUGGCAAUCCAACUAAUUGAUCGCUUGGAAGGUUGUUUAUUAUAUAAAAAUUAAGUAUUUCAUAGUAUGAAUUUUAUACAUCGAGACAUCAAGCCUGAAAACUUUCUUAUUUCUAGAGAAGACAUAUCGAAUUUUCUUAAAAAACAGGAGUUAUUGGAACAGCCCAUUAUGCAAGCAUUCAUACAUUACAAUGUAAGAAUAAUUAGAUUGUUCAGGAAUGGAACAAUCAAGGAGAGAUGAUUUGGAAAGUUUAGGUU